UUAUUGAUCCACGUGUCAUGAACAACAACAGAACACAUAAGGCUACACCAGCGCGUUAAAAUGAGCUAACUAGUAAAACAAACAAACAAAGAAACAAAAAAAGAUUUCUCCUGGAGGUCUGCUGGAGGGCAAGAAGGCAAAAACAUGGCAGAUGCCCAGUCUGCUGUUAUUCUUUUGCUUCCUCAGUUCAUUUGUAAACAGAAAUGAACUGACUGGUUGUAUGAACGCGUAUAUGAGUGGAUUUAUUUACUCUAAUGAACCCCUAGCUGGUGUAGUACUCCUCUCUGCCUCCAGAGGGCGACAUUGCAGUCCUGCUUCUGUGCUGCUUUGUUGCUGAGGAGGAAGAAACAGCCGGGAGCUCCCGGUGAAGAUGCACCAAGAGGAAGUGCCAAUGAAAAAGAUUUUAUUUUGCGCAUAAACGCGACACUUUGGAGAUAAAUUUAUUUAAAAGGAGUUGGUGCUGAUUAUCUCCACACGACGCAGAGCUGUGUUUGGCUGACAGUGACAUCAUCACGUGCUGCAGUUUGGAGAAGAGGGCAAGAAGACUUGCAUUAUUGAUUUAUUUGUUGUUUAUACAUUAAACAGGUUAAAGACACAGCUGAAGAUAAAACACUGUAUCCUGGAAGUGUUACAGUGUAGCAUAGUUACAGAUUUCCAAACCAAGCAAUUCACAGGCAAUGAUAAACGUUUCUUAGAUGCUCUUGUCUCUCGCUGUUUGCCUUAGCAAUAUAUAUCGACGCUUCCCAAUGUUCAGUUCGGACAGACUCACUGUUCCUGAGCGGGUCAACCGGCUUCAGCCGCGCAUAUUGACCCCUGACCCCAGGUCUGUUUCACCUGGCCUUCAUGCCGAUGUCCAGGUCGUGUUGGAUAGCUCACUUCCAGCACUGCGGACUGCCGUGAAAACACUCAAGUCCUCCAAAGACACUGGAGAUGUGCCAAAGACUCGGCAAGCUAUCGCCGAAAUAUUCCAGCUUGUUGAGGAGGCCUGGGUUUUGCCUGCGGUUGGCCGGCAAGUGGCUGAGGAAAUCUGCCACAGAAUACGACUGGACGGAGGUCUGGAGUCACUUCUGCAGCUACUGCGGACACCUGCUGAGGACAUCACGUAUGAGUCUGCCAAGCUGCUUGAGCAGAUUCUGAUCUCAGAGAACAGAGACUAUGUAGCACGCAUGGGCCUCGGUGUGAUCCUGAACCUGACCCGUGAGCAGGAGGAUGCCCAGCUUGCGCGGAGCAUCUCGGGCAUCCUGGAGCACAUGUUCAAGCACACGGAGGAGACGUCAGCCCAGCUCAUUGGAGACGGAGCUCUGGAUGCGUUGCUGUUCUGGUGCCGGGGUACAGAUCCCACUGUGCUGCGCCAUUGUGCCGUGGCUCUGGCCAACUGCGCCAUGUACGGUGGGCACCGGUGCCAGCGGCUGAUGAUCGAGAAGCAGGCAGCUGAGUGGCUCUUCCCGCUGGCCUUCUCCAAGGAGGAUGAGCUGAUCCGCUUCCACGCAUGCUUGGCUGUGGCUGUGCUGGCUGCUAACAGGGAGCUGGAGAGUGAGGUGGUGAAGUCAGGCACGCUGGAGCUAGUGGAGCCGUUCAUCGCCUCUCUUGACCCGGAUGAGUUUGCGCGCAGCCUGCAGGACAGCGCUGACAGCGUUCAGGGACGCACCGCUGCCGACCUGCAGCACCUGUUGCCCCUUCUGGAUGGGACGCGGCUUGAGGGAAAGUGCAUCGCUGCUUUCUAUCUUUGUGUAGAGAGUAGCAUCAAGUCCCGGCAGCGCAACACCAAGAUAUUUCAGGAGAUUGGAGCAGUUCAGAGCUUAAAGAGGAUUGUCAUGUACUCAAGCAAUGCCACCACGCUCUCUCUGGCCAAAAGGGCCCUGAAGAUGAUGGGUGAAGAUGUUCCACGCCGCAUACUCUCCUCUGUUCCUAACUGGAAAACAGUGGAGGUACAAACAUGGCUGCAGCAGAUUGGCUUUAGUGCCUUCAGUGAUCGAUUCCAGGAGCUGCAGGUGGAUGGAGACCUGCUACUUAACAUCACUGAGGAGAACCUGAUGAAUGACCUGGCCAUGACCUCUGGGAUCACCCGCAAAAGGUUUAUGCGAGACCUGCGGGUACUGAAGACUUAUGCUAACUACUCCAUGUGUGACCCUAAUAAUCUGGCCGACUGGUUGGCUGACCUGGACCCACGGUUCCGUCAGUACACCUACAGUAUGGUGCAGUCUGGUGUGGAUCGUAACAACCUCCUCCAGAUAACAGAUGAGCACCUGCAGCGGGACUGCCACAUAGAGAACGGAAUCCACAGAACUCAGAUCAUCGCUGCUGCGCGCCGACCUGCCAGGCCUUGUUUCAUUGACUCACAGCGCACAGGUCCAGAUGUGUUCAUCAGCUACCGGCGCACCACUGGAUCUCAGCUUGCCAGUCUGCUGAAGGUGCACUUGCAGGUGCGUGGCUUCAGCGUUUUCAUCGAUGUGGAGAAACUGGAGGCAGGCAAGUUUGAGGAGAAGCUGAUAACCAGCGUGCAGAGAGCGCGUAACUUCAUCCUGGUGCUGUCUGCCAAUGCUCUGGACAAAUGCAUGGGUGACACCGGCAUGAAAGACUGGGUUCAUAAGGAGAUUGUCACCGCCCUCAAAGGCAAGAAGAACAUUGUUCCUGUCACUGACAACUUUCAGUGGCCUGAUCCCAACUCUCUUCCUGAGGACAUGCGCGCCGUUCUGACAUUUAACGGCAUCAAGUGGUCCCAUGAGUAUCAGGAAGCCUCAAUAGAAAAGAUUCUUCGCUUCCUGAAGGGAGGCCCCAGUCAAGAGCAGCUGGACAGCUCAAAGACCUGCAUGGAACCAGAGCAGAACGUUCUUCCUGCCACUCACGAAUGCUGAGCUUUCCCACUGAUCAUAUGCACACCCAGUCAGUAACCAAACCAUACUACUAACCUCUGAUAGGCCAGUUCUGUGACUUUUCGUGGUAGGAUUAAAAAGAGUGAUACAUAGAAGAAAUAAAAAGUACUGUAAAGGUAUAUCAUCCGUACUCCUUUGAUCCUUAAUAUGUCACGGAAAGCUAACACUGCUUAAUCACUCAGGAAUACACGUACAGUGUCUGUUCCCUACCAUAUCUAUGUAAUCAACUAUUUGUUACUUUUCAUUACAGAUGGUGUUACUUAAUCAGUCUAAAAUCAGAGUUGGUAACAUAGUGCAGUAUGUGGUAUGGUUGUUCACUUUCUUGAUUUGUUUCUUGUACUGAAUAUAAUACAAGGAUAUAAUAUAAGGGCAUUAGUGCUGAACACCUGAUUGCUAGAUAAAAACAAGUCAUGUAACUGGGUUGAUGUAUGAAAAAACAGUGCUGAUCGCUACUGCUACAAUGCGUUACCUGAUAAAAUUAGCAUGAAACGUUCCUUUUUGUUAUCCAGUUGAAACAAUGCCCCUUUGCAGGAAUUGGGUAAAUUCAAAAGCUUAAAUCUAUACAAGCUUUCUAACACAUUGCUACUUACUUUGUAGCUCAACAAGCUAAAAAUGGCUACUUGACUCAGACCUAGCUACAAUAUCACACACAGUAUUGCAAAUUAGUUAUUGUCACCACAGCCCAAUGUAUAGUUACCUGUUGGCAAAGUUCUAUAUGCUGUUAUAUACUUGCAUCAUACACUCUUCACACCAUUAUAAUAAGCUCUUAAACACCCACAAAAUCAAUGAUCUUAACAUCUCUAACAGUGUUCUCAGCUUUACACUCUUAUGGGCUGAUGCCUGCUGCCUUAAUAUUUAAAGAUCAUGUUUAUAUAGUAAAUGUAUGUUUGGUGUAGAAAAAACUGAGAGAACAGGCCAAGUGAUCAGGAAAUAACUGUACAAUAAAAACUGUACUUUCUGUUCAGAAAUAAUUUUCAAUAAACUGUUUUUUUUUGGAAAGAUCGA